AAUUUAAAAGAACUCGAUGUUAAAAACAAACCAUUUUGAAUCAAUGAAAGACAAAGAAGAAGACAAUGAAUCCGGACGAGGUCCAUCACUUCCUCAAUCUCCUCACUCUGUAGAAGGAGCAAUAGGUGGUCCAUCUCUUCCUCAGUCCCCCCACUCUGUUGAAGGAGUAAUAGGUGCUUCAGCUGUUAAUUUCUUUGAGUCUGAAGUGAAACAUCUUGGAGACGUGUCACUCUCCCUAUGUGGUGGGCUUACUGAGCCAGAUGGUGUCACCCUCAAAAAAUUCAUGCAGAAAGUUCUUACCUAUGAUGACCUUUGUGAAUCACCAUCUCUAAUUAAUAAUCCAGACCUGAUAAUCAAAAUUCAUGACCAAUUUUACAACUGGCAAACAGCUGCCCCGGUUAUUUUAUCCAUGAUCUCAUUCCAGAAGAACCUGCCUUCGGCAAUAGUUGAAUCCCUUGCAAAGGACUACAUGCCAAAGAAAGUUGAUAAGAAGAAAAGUAUUGGUAGUGGUGUAAGUUCUUGGUUCAAAUGGGGUCGUGGAACUACUGUACCAAUCACAUCACCUCCUCCACCACCACCACCACCACUACUACAGAUACCGACUGGUGUUUCCACAGCUGGAACUGAUUUCAUCUCAACCCACAGUACUUACGUGACUGCAGCAAUGACCAGCAGCACCACCACUACCACCUCUUCAGUAGCAACUAAAAGUUCGCUGUUGAAUACUCCUCUACAAUCCACAUCGCCAAUUCCAUCUCCGCCAUCAUCCAUCAAGAUGACAAAUUCUGAAGAAGAUCUGCAAGAGAAGCAAACAUCAAUUCUGCGGGUGACAUUCCAGAUGGGAUAUUUGGAUCAUGUGUUACUCUUAGGAAUUGUUUGCCUUUGAACCACUUUGAAAAACUGUCCAC